GGGGAACGGGGCCCGGCCACCCCCCGCGCAUGCGCCCUACCCCACCGUACUGCUUACGCCCAUGACGGCGAUCGGCCGCGCCGCCUGCCGACAUGGCGGCCCGAGUGCUGAGGCCGCUGCCCAGGCUGAGGCCAUUCAACAGACUGCAAGUAAUAUUACAACAUUUGAAGAUGUCUAAGCAUACAGAUUCAACAGCUGAAGUGUUGUUGGAAAAGAGAGGAGGUGCAGGAAUAAUAACUCUGAAUAGGCCCAAGGCUCUCAAUGCACUAAAUCUUUCUAUGAUCCAACGAAUUUAUCCACAAAUAAAGACUUGGGAGAAAGAUCCUGAAACUUUUCUAAUAAUUAUAAAGGGAACUGGAGGAAAAGCUUUUUGUGCUGGGGGUGACAUCAGAGCUAUCACAGAUGCAGGAAAAACUGGAGAUAGACUGGCACAAGAUUUCUUCAGAGAAGAAUAUAUGCUGAACAAUGCCAUUGGGACUUGCAAGAAGCCAUAUGUGGCACUUAUCGAUGGCAUUACAAUGGGAGGGGGAGUUGGCCUCUCAGUCCACGGACAUUUCCGAGUUGCUACAGAGAAGACACUUUUCGCAAUGCCAGAAACAGCAAUAGGCCUUUUUCCUGAUGUAGGUGGAGGAUAUUUCUUGCCAAGACUAUCAGGAAGGAUUGGCUAUUACCUUGCGCUAACAGGAUUUAGGCUGAAAGGAAGAGAUGUACUGAAAGCUGGCAUCGCUACACAUUUUGUAGAAUCUGAAAAGCUACCUGCCUUAGAGAAAGACCUGAUAGCACUGAAAUCUCCUUCAACAGAAAAUAUUGCAGACUUACUGAACUCCUACCAUGCGAAGAGCAAAAUUGAUCAAGAAAAGGAGUUUGUACUUAAUGAACAUAUGGAGAAGAUUAACAGUCUUUUUUCAGCAAAUAGCAUGGAAGAAAUUGUUAAAAAAUUAAAGCAAGAUGGUUCUCCUUUUGCCAUUAAGCAGCUAGAGACUAUUAAUAAGAUGUCACCUACAUCCUUAAAGAUGACUCUCAGACAGCUCAGAGAAGGAGCUUCCAUGAGCUUACAAGACGUACUCACAAUGGAAUACAGACUGAGCCAAGCAUGCAUGAGAGGCCACGACUUCUAUGAAGGGGUUCGAGCAGUGCUGAUUGACAAAGACCAAUCCCCCAGAUGGAAGCCAGCUGCUUUAGAAGAAGUCAGUGAUGAAUUUGUGAACGAUUGUUUUAAGCCAUUGGGAAACAACGAUCUCAAGUUGUAAAGAUCAAGCCUAUUGACAUCUUAUACAUCUGCUUAAUUCUCUGAUAUAAAAGUUAAUAGUAGUAUGAUGAAGUUUGACAAGACUCUUUUAGCUACCCUGAGAUUUGUAAAUCUGUUUUUUUGCAUUCAGGGACAUUCUUUUUUGUUACAUUGCCAUAAUGAUGGUUAAUAAGGGGGAAAAUGACUUCAAGGCAAAUUGUUAUUUUUACUGCUUUACACAAUGACUAACAUGUAAUUUUUUGCAUCAACUCUUAGUUUAGGAGGAACCUUUUGGGGAGACAGCAUAGUUAAGGGAUGACCUAAUAAGCAAGAAGUCAGGAGACCUUUGUGUUCCUGGCUCUGUCACUGAUUUGUUAAGUUGGGAUUGUGCCUCAGAUUCUUCUUUAAACAAUGAAAAUAAAUAUACUUAAAGCUUUAAAACAGUCAGAGCUACAAAGGAAAAUGCAAGGCAUGCUAAAUCCAUGGUGUUAAGUAGUCUUUUAAAUAAAAGGUCAGACUGACACAUUA